AAAGUUAAUAUUACUACUGAGAGAGGGAAGAGAAUUGUUGCUGUGUGAGGGACAGAGAGAAGGAGAGAGAAGAAAUUGAACCUCAAUCGUGUUCUGGCUCCUCUGUGACUCGUUACAUUCCUUUCCCUCCAACGACCAGGAUCCGGAAUUUUGUGCACGAUGGCAGACGAAGACGAGAUCCCCGUGUCUGAGGCGGAGCAGGCAUUCCUUGAUGCGAUGAAGGCGGUGCAGGAUGUACAAGACGAGGAGCAACAGCAGGAAGAGAUCGGUACCCGGGUAGAGGACGAUGACGACGACCAUGAUCCCGCGACCAUCAUGACGUCUACGGAGGAUUCACCAGUCUCGAAUGGACACGCAGGAAGCGAUCGUGAUGGACCCGCUUCGAUGGAGGAGCAAGCCACUGAAGAGGUGGAGGUGGAGGUGAAAGAAGAAGUCAUGUCGGCUACCCCGUCUGCUCGGAAUUCCGUCGCGCCUUCUGCGACUGCGUCAGCGACCACCACGCCUGCAGCGGCUGCUGCGCCUGCUACCACUGCCAUUCCUGAUGCUUCCAGUGCCACUCCCGUGCCCGUUACCGCUCCCAAGGCUGAAGUUGCGGAAAGCGCUCAUGCUCCGUCUGCGCCGACCACCCCGGUGAUUCUGCAACCAUCCGAGUUUGGCGCGCCAAUGCAUGCUGCUCAAGCCCAGCAGCCCGCUCAAGCCCACAAGGCCGUGCACAGCGGAAAGCGAAAACGCCUGCCGCAGGAUUUGGUCGGGCAGCUGGAAGAUAGAAUCGCCGAAGAUCCUCGAGGCGAUCUGGACGCGUGGUUGUCACUGAUUUCGGAGCACAAGCGUAAGGGGAAGUUUGACGAUGCGAGAAAUGCGUACGAGCGAUUCUUUGUGCUAUUCCCACAAGCAGCCGAACAAUGGAUCAGUUUUGUGAGGAUGGAGCUGGACAACAACGAAUUCCAACGUGUGGAACAAGUAUUUUCGCGGUCUCUACUCACCGUGCCCAAUGUUGAGUUGUGGAGCUUAUACCUAGAUUACAUCCGCCGGCGCAACAACCUUACCAACGAUCCGUCUGGUACUGCCAGGAGGACGAUCAGUCAGGCUUAUGACUUUGUUUUAAAUAACAUUGGCUGUGACAAGGAGGCCGGGCGGAUCUGGCAGGAUCAGAUUGCAUUCGUAAAGAGUGGUCCUGGAAUUGUUGGCGGUAGUAACUGGAUGGAUCAGCAGAAGAUGGAUAGUCUGAGAAAGAUCUAUCAGAAGGCAGUCACGCAACCAGUUAUUGGAGUAGAAGCGAUGUGGCGGGAGUAUGAUGGGUUUGAACAUGGGCUCAAUAAGAUAACCGCCAAGAAGUUCCUUCAAGAGCGGUCGCCUGCUUUCAUGACGGCCCGUGCCUGCCUCGUUGAGCUUACGAAUCUCACCCGAGGAUUGAGACGCGAGACGUUGCCGCGAUUACCGCCUUCACAGGGGUACGAAGGUGACGACGAUUGGAAUUACCAGGUCGCACUGUGGAAGAAGUGGAUCAAGUGGGAGACCGACGACCCCGUGGUUCUGGCCAAGGAGGAUCCGGCAGCCUUCCGCAACCGUAUCAUCUACGCCUACAAGCAAGCUCUGAUGGCGCUCCGGUUCUGGCCCGAGAUGUGGUUCGAGGCGGCGGACUACUGCCUCGAGAACGGUAUGGACGCCCAGGGCAUCGAGUUUUUGAGACAGGGCCUACAGGCUAAUCCCGAGAGCACGCUGCUUACGUUUACGUAUGCCGAGCGAUUGGAGGCCAUCACACCUGCUGAGGACGGAGAGGCGGCCGCUGUAAGGAAGGGUCAAAUUGUGAGAAAACCUUACGACGAUUUACUCAACACUCUGUACGGCCACUACGCCAAGAUGCAGGCCCGUGAGAAGGAGGAGAUUGAGAAACUGGGAGAAGAAGCUCCGGCGUAUCCGGACAGCCCCGGCCGGGACGACGAUGACGACGAUGAGGAGCGGCAGGCCCCCGAGCAGAGCUUCAGGGAGCGGAGAAUAAAUGAAGUCAAGGAUCGAAGUAAAGCGGAUAUGUUGAAGCUGAGUAAAGUCAUUUCGGCUGUCUGGAUCAACUUGAUGCGGGCGAUGAGACGGAUCCAGGGCCAUGGAAGGGUCAAUGAGCCUCUUGGUGGUAGUCGACAGAUCUUUGCCGAUGCCAGGAAGAGGGGAAAGAUCACCAGUGAUGUAUAUGUUGCAUCUGCGUUGAUCGAGUAUCAUUGCUACCGGGAUCCUGCCGCUCUGAAAAUCUUUGAGCGGGGAAUGAAACUUUUCCCCGAGGACGAAGAUUUUGCUUUGGAGUACUUGAAGCAUCUCGUCAAUAUCAAUGAUAUUACUAAUGCUAGGGCGAUGUUUGAGACAUUCGUGUCGAAGGUUCCAGCAGAGAAGGCUCAGCGGGUAUACCGAUUCUUCUACGAAUACGAAGCCCACUACGGUGAUCUCGCGCAGGUCUACAAGCUGGAGAAGAGAAUGGCCGAACUGUACCCCACGGACCAGAAACUCGAACAGUUCUCCAACCGAUACGCCUACCAUGCCGUGGAUCCAUGCAAAUAUCUUCCCGUCAUCUCGGCCACCCAACAGGCGAAACAAAAGCCUCUUAUGCCUCUUCCCCCGGAGGCCGUCGCCGCCGCCGCUGCCGGCCUUCCCAUUCCCCCGCCUCCGAUCACCCAACCCAUCCCAGGCUCCAACUACCACCCCCCGCCGCCGCUACCCAUGCCGCCACGCACCAGCUCCCCCAAGCGCGCCGCCAACGACGACGACGGCGACUACUCGUCGCGCGCACGCAAGCUCCCGCGCUCGGACUCGCCCGUGCCCACUCUCAAGGGAGCCGCCGGCCGCCGUCUAAACCAGAUCAAGCAGCAGCAGGCCGCGGCUGCCGCAGCGGCAGCCGCAAACCAGUCCCAAUUAAAGGACAACAACACCGGUGGUGGCGGCGGAGGCGGAAGAAGGGAAUAUGCCAACGCGCCGGUCCGCCGCGAUAACAAUAUCAACAGCAACAACAACAAUCCCCCACCACUUCCAGAGGCCAUCUGGUAUCUCCUGAGUAUCCUCCCCGGUGCGGAUAAAUACCAGUCUGCGCGGUUCAGGCCAGAGGCGAUGGUCGCACUGUUGGCGGGCGUGCAGUUGCCAAGACCGGAGGAUUUGGCCAGGGGUGGUGGUGGCGGUGGUGGUGGUGGGUACUAUGGUGGCAACUAGGGAACGUUUUGCGAAACGGUUGCCAUUUGAUAGGGUAUUUCGAUUCCGAUUCCGUUCUGUUAUGUGUAGAGUACCGAUAGGGAUACGAUACGAUAUGAUACGAGACGGACUGAGUGUUUUUACUGUCUACGUGUACUACCGGUAUAGGCUAGGCUUGAGGGAUGAGUUUGAACUUUGUUGUGUAGUGCAUUUUUUUCAUUCGACGGUGAUGGUCGGGUCGUGGUCGUGGUUCGGGUCUUGUUGUUGUGAAUAAUAAUGCAGAUGCUCAUGCUCAUGUCCCCGCUAUCUACAUGUACUGUUACUGUGACCCGGUU